CCAGGAAUGUGUUAAGAAAUUUUAAAAAUAGUGAAAUACUGAUGUCGCGUUCGCACGCACAAAAAAAAACGGUGGAUCAUGUGUGUCAAAUCAUUUAAAUAAAUAUAUUUUAAAAUCAGCUGACGAACAAACAAAAUUAAAAAUAGAUCGAACUUUUGAUAUAGCCACUAAAAUAGAACGCUUCUGUAUACCAAGUACUCGCCUGAUGUGAAAGAAAAGCAAUCGUUUGAGUUUAUAAAAACAACUCAUUAACGAUUUUGUUUAUAAUGCGAAUGAUGGAUAAUGGUUUUUGAGGAAAAAUAUCUUGUUCAUAAUACAUUAAUGUGUUCAAUAUCCCAUGCUUUAUCACUGUUAUUGCAUGGAGUAGAUGAAAAAUUUAGUGUGUGAGUGAAAUAAAAAGAGUAAAUUCUGUUUCAGUGGUACACUUGUGUAUUGAUACGAUCUUGAAGAGUAACAGAACGUGAUACAUCUGUGCCAAAAGGAAAAUUUUGCAUUUCAGAGUUUUUUCAGUUUUAUUUUUAAAUUCUUUUGGAAGAAGACAAAUGUUGUACGUCUGUAUGGAAAUUGGUCGGUUGACAUAGCUUUCAAUUAGUGUUUUUUUUGGGAGGUAAACAAAAUUCUUGAAAACAAAUUUUUGUCGCCAUUGAAAAUGUGAUAGAAGGAUAUCAUGUCUGAGGAUACACUUGUAAAUUAUUGUGAUAAUGAAUGUUUGGUGAAUUACAAAGAUUUCUAUUGUUUAAGUAGCAAUGUGACAAAUUCAAAAUCGACAUUGUCGAGAACAAGCCUAUUAGCAAUUAUUUUAGCAAUGUGUAUAAUAUGUGGAAGGAUUGUAACAUCAAAUGCUGAAACACCAGGCAGUUCUAUUUGGCAACAACAUCCAGCACCACGGUUAACAAAUUAUGACGAAAGAACAAAUUUUCACAAUAAUUCCGAAAUCAUACCAUCUUUCGGAAAGGUCCCCAACACAAUUGAAGUGAUGCCGGGCCAAACUGUCGUACUAUCGUGUAUAGUUAACAAUCUGGGAGAUAGGACGGUAUCAUGGAUUCGUACAGUCGAUCUACAAAUUCUAACUUCCGGUUCAAUUACGUUUACCGGGGACAAUCGAUUUUCAACGGAACCAACGGAUGACAUACUAUCAAAUUGUUGGGGUUUAAUGAUACGAAAUGUACGGUAUACGGACACAGGGCAAUAUGAGUGCCAGCUGAAUACUUCACCUAAAUUGAAAAUUAAUGUUACUCUAAUUGUUAGAGAGCCGCAAUUGAUGGAUCGCCCGUUUGUCGGAACGACUAUUGACGGUGCACGUCAACAAGAGAUUAAACGAGGUAGCACCAUAACACUUACCUGUAGAGCAAUAAUUUCGACAAUAAAUGAAAAUGAACCAAAUAAAAUUAGUUUCGCCAUGAAAGAAGGAACACAUCGUACGAAACGUGUUAUUUGGAGUGUGAAUGAUACACCAAUAACGAUGCAGAUUAAACGGGGUGGUAUAAACGUUUAUACCGACUGGAAUUUCGGUGAAGUGGUCAGCAAUCUCACACUAUCCAGUGUCACUGAAAGUGAUCAGGGCGUUUAUAAAUGUUCUAUUGACGAUAUCGGAUCGGAUGAGGUUGUAGUACAAGUGAUGGCUGAUAUCAAGACUUCUGGCUUCAAUGACGCUUCGGCAGCACAAAUGGGUUCAUCAUUGGAUAUGUUAAAUAUGUGCCUCGCAUUCGUGUGUGUUAUAUUAAGUCAAACUUGAUUUGUGUCCUUAUUGUAAGUCAAAUAUAUAUCAGUCA